AUGCGUGCUGGCCCAACAUCCGUGCACAAGGACACAUUGAAUGUCAACAAGCCUUCGCUUACGUUAUCUCCUAGUAACUUGAUAUCUAUACAUCCCAGUUCCUUCACCUCACACAGAUCUUCGUCCCUGACCACUGUCCGAAACGGGUGGUUCCUCAACCUAUCCUCUGUGUCCAUUCCAAUAGACAUACAGUGUUUCCUACAACUAGGUGAGAAUUUCGCUCUUCCACUAAACGAUAAACAUAAGAUUAUUUUCGAUUGCAUUAAGAGUGUUGAGACCGGUGUGCAUCGCAUGCCGAUCGAAAAUAGGAUCGCGAUCACCAACCACUCCAUUCCAAUUCUUAACAGUAUCAUUUCUUCUCCAAUCACAACAUCUCCGAUUGAUAAACUAUUGUUAAGAAUGGAAUCGAAGACACGCGCCUUUUUAUUGGAACAUACCAAUGUCCUUUUCACACACGCAGAUAAGGGCAAUGUCACAGUCGCUUUAGACAGAGAUGUCUACAUGAAUAAGAUGAUCACUCUGCUGAAUGACAAGGACACAUACUCUCUUAUCAAUAAAGAUCCCAUCAGGAAAAUCACAACAGCGAUAAGGUCCAUGCUCACCAGAUGGAAGACGAAGAAAUAUAUUAGCGAAGCAAAAUACAAGACGUUAUAUUGUAGUGACGGAUCACUUCCGAGAGCUUAUGGGGUGCCGAAAAUACAUAAACCUGGUUGCCCUUUCAGGGUCAUUGUCUCUUCGUUGGGCAGUCCGCUUUAUCCACUGGCGACAUUCUUACACAACAUAUUAGUUAAAUCCAUUCCUAAAGCAGAGAGUUAUAUAAAAAAUAGUUUCGAAUUAGUUGAGAAACUAAAAAGAUUACACACUACAGACCAAUAUAAAUUAAUCUCACUGGACGUAAAAUCUCUGUUCACGGAUGUUCCGGUGGAUAUAGCCAUAGACUGUGUUAAUGAACGUUGGAUGUAUGUUUCCGGAGACUGUCCUCUCCCUAGAGAUGAGUUUGUGGGGGCAAUAAGGUUUAUUCUUGAUUCCACAUUUUUUUUGUUUAACAACAAUUUUUAUAAACAAAGUUACGACACUCCCAUGGGGCCCCCCUUAUCACCUGUAAUAGCGGACUUGGUGAUGAGGAGAUUUGAGACGGUGUCCUCGAUGUCGUUGAACUUGGACGUGACAUUUUAUUUUAGAUAUGUGGAUGAUAUUUGCACUGCGGUUGAGCCAUCAAAAAUUGACUCAAUAAUGGAACAACUAUUAAAUGCGUUAAUUCACACGCAACAGCAGCUGGCUCAGGGACAACAGAUGUUCAUGCAACAAAUGGCUGAGUCGCAAAAGCACAUGGUAACUCUCUUGCAACAAGUACAAGAUAAUCCCACUUCCACAUCUUCGCAAUCAAUAGCUACAGAUAGCAUUGUAUCCGCUCCUCUGGCAAAAGCAUCUCAAUUCUCAAAUCUUGCUGAGUGA